AUGUCGACGCCUUCGCUACAAACACCACUGUCGAAGCUCUUAGGGAUACAGUAUCCUAUCAUCCUUGCCGGUAUGGCACGAACGUCUGGAGGCCCACUUGCGGCUGCUGUCUCGAACGCUGGCGGACUCGGUGUCAUUGGAGGGCUCGGCUACACACCUGAGCAGUUGCAGUCCAUCAUCGACGAUCUCAAGAGCAAUCUCAAGGACCAGGCGUUACCUUUUGGUGUCGACCUCGCCCUCCCCCAAGUCGGUGGGAGUGCACGCAAGACGAACCACGACUACACCCACGGACAGCUCGACGACCUCAUCGAAGUUACGAUCAAGAACGGCGCAAAGCUGUUCGUCAGUGCUGUUGGUGUGCCGCCCGCGCGUACCAUCAAGAGGCUUCACGAAGCGGGGGUCUUAAUCAUGAACAUGGUCGGACAUCCAAAGCACGCCGUCAAAGCACUCGACGCUGGUGUGGACAUUGUGUGCGCGCAGGGCGGCGAAGGCGGCGGACACACGGGAGAUAUCGCCAACAGCAUCCUCAUCCCGUCUGUCGUCGACGUCGCACGGAAGUACAAGUCGCCGCUCACCGGUCAGCCCGCCAUGGUCGUUGCUGCAGGAGGCAUCUACAACGGCCGCAGUCUCGCCAGCAGUCUGAUGCAGGGUGCACAGGGCGUCUGGGUUGGCACACGCUUCGUUGCCUCGACAGAAGCUGGGUGCUCCAAGAUGCACAAGGAGAACGUCGUAACAGCCGACUUUGCCGACACAGGGCGAACCUUGGUUGUUUCUGGGCGGCCACUCCGAGUCAAGUACAAUGACUACAUCAACGCGUGGCAUGCAAGAGAAGGAGAGAUGAAGGCGUUGUUGGACAAGGGAGUUGUGCCGCUCGCGCAGGAUAUGGACGACGGCAAGGAUGUGGAUAUUCCAUUCCUAAUGGGACAGGUCGCUGGUGUGAUCCAGGACAUCAAGCCGGCGAAACAGAUUGUGGACGACAUGGUGAGCGAAGCCGUGCACAUGCUCAGGCUAGGGCAGACGUUUGUUGAAGCUGCGCCGUUGGGGAGUAAGCUGUAG